CUUGCUUGGUGCGUGCUGAGUGCCUGUCCCUCCCCCCUUCUCUUUUUCUUCAACCUCAUCCCAUUUACUCAACAUGUGGAACUCCCGCAAGGUGGGAAUUCUCGGUGGAGGCCAAUUGGGCCGGAUGAUGGUCGAAUCGGCCAAUCGCCUCAACAUCCAGUGCAACGUCCUUGAUGCGGAGAACUCCCCGGCCAAGCAGAUUAGCGCCCACGAUGACCAUGUCACCGGCUCCUUCAAGGAGCGCGAAGCCGUCCGCGAACUGGCCAAGUCUUGCGACGUCGUGACCGCCGAGAUCGAGCACGUCGAUACCUAUGCCCUGGAGGAGAUUUCCUCCCAGGUCCGAAUUGAGCCCAGUUGGCAGGCGAUCCGGACCAUCCAGAACAAGUUCAACCAGAAGGAACACCUGCGGAACUAUGGCAUCCCCAUGGCCGAGCACCGCGAGCUCGUCGAGAACACCCCUGAGGAAUUGGCCAAGGUUGGCGAGCAGCUCGGCUACCCCAUGAUGCUGAAGUCCAAGACCAUGGCCUACGAUGGACGCGGAAACUUCCGCGUGCAAACGAAAGAUGAUAUCCCCGAAGCCCUUGAGGCCCUCAAGGACCGCCCUCUGUACGCCGAGAAAUGGGCCUACUUCAAGAUGGAGCUCGCUGUGAUGGUCGUGAAGACCAAGGAUGAAGUCCUCUCAUACCCCACUGUCGAGACCGUCCAAGAGGACUCCAUCUGCAAGCUCGUCUACGCCCCCGCCCGCAAUGUCUCCGAUGCCAUCAACCGCAAGGCCCAAGAACUCGCCCGCAAGGCCGUCUCCGCCUUCGAAGGCAAGGGUGUCUUCGGAGUGGAGAUGUUCCUUCUGGACGACGACAGCCUUCUCCUGUGCGAAAUUGCCAGCCGCAUCCACAACUCUGGCCACUACACCAUCGAAGGCUGCGCCAUGUCUCAAUUCGAAGCACACCUCCGCGCCAUCCUCGACCUCCCCAUCCCCGCCCAGAGCCUCGAGAUCCGCCAACCCUCCAUCAUGCUCAACAUCAUCGGUGGAUCCGCCCCCGACACCCACCUCAAGGCCGCUGAGAGCGCCCUCUCCAUCCCCAACGCCAGCAUCCACCUCUACAGCAAGGGCGCCGCCAAACCCGGCCGCAAGAUGGGUCACAUCACCGUUACCGCCGCCACCAUGCACGAAGCCGAAACCCACAUCCAACCUCUCAUCGACGUCGUCGACGAGAUCCGCUCCCAGCGCAGCGAUGUCAAGACCAAGCCCCAGAAGUCCGGAGUCUCUAAGCCCGCCCCCUCCGUCGCGGUCAUCAUGGGCUCCGACAGUGACCUCAAGACCCUGGUGCCCGGUCUCAAGCUCCUGAGGGAUUACUUCGGCAUUGAGCCCGCCGUCGAAAUCACCUCCGCUCACCGCACCCCCACCUACAUGGCCGACUACUCUGCUAGUGCCGCGGCCCGCGGCAUCAAGGUCAUCAUUGCUGCCGCCGGAGGUGCUGCUCACCUCCCCGGUAUGUCUGCCGCUCAUACCGCGCUCCCUGUGAUCGGUGUGCCCGUGAAGGGUAGCUCUUUGGACGGUGUCGACAGUCUGUACAGCAUUGUGCAGAUGCCUAGGGGUGUCCCCGUCGCCACGGUCGGCAUCAACAACAGCAUUAACGCUGCCCUCCUCGCUGCCCGUAUCAUCGGCUCCUUUGACCCAGCCAUCCAGCGGAAGGUCGAGGCGUAUGCCGAGAGCGCUCGGGCCGAGAACAUGGAACUGAAGGGCACCAAGCUGCGCGAGCUCGGCUGGGAAAAGUACUUUGAGCAAAUGUAAUGGAUGUUAUGAAUGAAUGGGACAAAUUGUUGAAGUUACAUAGAGUAUAGAAGCGAUACAAGGGGUAAUGAUCUGGCCAUAUGUUUUCUGGGACCGAUUUCUUCUGGAUGCGAUGUCAAGGGCUGCGCCUGUUGUCCUUACAAAAGCCAGGCUUGUGUAGCAAAGGAUAUCAACAUGAAAAAAUU